GGUACUUGAUUUGUUUUCAAGGUUGGCUAACAUGAAAGCAGUAAGUAGGUGUGACAAAUGAAUUGGGCUGUGGGCGCUAAUUGUUACCUACUUCGGGCUGUUCUCACACAUGGAAAAAACUGGGACCUUGUCAGUGAGUCACUAAGAACAUCCUGCAAGACGUUCUUGAAAGAUGAAAAUGUGCAGGAUCUCUCAAAACAGAGUUGUUCACUUCAAUAUAAAUAUAUUAUUGCAUCCGCACGUCAAAGGAAUCCAGGCGAUUUAACAGAGAGCCAGCUCUUAAACAUUUCACUAGAUCAUUACACUACAUUGAGACGUGAGCAGUUGCAUGCUGCUCGGUUGGAGAUCUUGCGAGCUAUGAAGAUUGAGGAAGAGGAUGCAGAAAAGUUGCGACAAGGUCGGUAUUCUGAAAUACCUCCAGAUCGAUUACUGACCUAUAGAAAAAGAUGUCGUGCACUCGGAAUUCCGGACAAAAUAGGUCGUUGCUUAAAUAUGGAACCGUUGUCACCGAUUUCAGAGGAAAAUGAUCGAACUGUCAAGAAGUUUCCCAUUACACUGCAGCGUUCAAAUACUAAAAUUGAGAAAGAAACAGUUGACCAGAACGGUGGUAUCUGGAUUCCUGUCGGGACCCCUCUUAUUUAUGAGUUGUUUAAAGAGAGAUGUGAUAACAUUCAGGAGUCAUCGUUAGCCAACUUCAUUCGUGCUCAAGCUAUUAUUUCACAAAGACUGGGUUUCCAAGGACAUGAUGAUGAAAUCUCAAGUCUAGAUACUACAUCAUCCAUUCAGACUCACUCAGAGGUUACAACUAGCCAUAACCAAGAAGUCAAAGUCGAAGAUUCAUCCAGAGCUUCUGAACAGCUUAAUAACCUUGAUAGUGUCUCAAACAAAAUAAGAAUACAAACAAGCCCUUCCAAGUGUUUGGAAAUCCUGGAUGAACCAAUUACUCCUAGUAGUUCCGCUCUUGUAAGUGACUCAGAAACAUUGGCUUCUCCACACUUUACUCAGAGUCUUAAUUCAAGUCCUGCACUAAGUCUUGCGGAAACGCAAUCACCAUCCCUAAAAGCCGUUAGUCUGAACCGAAAGCAUAAUCAUACAAAGAGGAAGAUAUCGAAUCCUGCUCCUGUUUAUCAAAAUCAAGUGGGAGAGUUCACUUCAGCUCUCAGUCCCUCAAUAUCUACCAAUCUCAAUAAUGAUGAACUUACAGAUACAUCUCAGUCAUCAGUUUGUGUGGCUCGACGAUGGAGAAGAUCUCUUUUAUCAGCACUUUCUACGGUGUACAGCCAUCGUCACGCUUAUGUGUUUAUGCAUCCUGUAACUGAAGAUAUAGCUCCCGGGUACAGUACUGUUGUUUAUGAGCCAGUGGACUUAACGUCCCUUAGGCGCCGUAUGGAGUCGUCACUCAGUUACUUGAUCAGUUCUCAGCAGCCUUCCGCUCUAAAUCCAUCUAUCUCUUCUUAUCGAGUUAUCAUUGAGAUCGCAAGACGUUUCAUUCGUGAUCUUUUGCUAAUGUUUAUGAAUGCAAGAAUGUACAAUAGUCAAAAUCACGAAGUCCACCGAAUGGCUGGGGAGAUGUAUCAUGAUGUCAUUAGUGAACUUCAACCUCUUUGGUCUAUUAUGGCUGAGGACAUUCCAGGAUUCCCGUCUUUGCCUUUCUUGAAUUUAGCUCCUCCACAGACUACGCGUUCACUACAGCAACCUACUAUAGUGUCGACUGCCCCAACUACUAGUCCCUCACAUCCUGUUUCAUGUGUGCUUAAAGAUGAGGAAUCGAAUGUUGGCAAACAGUCUUCUCAUUUUUUUAUCAAGCAAAACAAACGUCCUGCUCCUGAAGGUUCAUCUCCUUCUAGUCCACUGCCUCGUAAACAUCGUCAUUCAUCUGGAAGUGAUUCUGUAGUCGGAGCUAUUACAACGAGAUCUAAAUAAAAUUAUCGCGCUGUUCAUGUCAUUUUGUAUCUAUAUUAUUAAAGUUAUUUUAAAAUAUAGUAUUAUUUCUUAGUUGGUUUUUCUGUCUAUUCGUUUUUUAAUAUUACAGUUACAUGAACACUAUAUGUUUCAUCUUCUAGAAUUUAUGAAUGCCUUUUAAGCUUAAAGCCAUAUCCAAUUUCGAUGUGACGAAAGAUGAACGCGAUGGAAAAGUGAGUGUAUUUCUUCCUUGUUAACUAACCUAACAUCAUUUGUACAUGGUGCAUGUAAUGGAUUAGGAGAAGUAAAUAAGAAGUUGGGUAACCGAUCUUUAGUUACAUACUCCUCGUGAAACAUAGGCCGCCGAUCAGGAUUCCCCAACCAACUCUAUCCUGGGCUCUUCUUUCCAGUUGAUUUCAAUCACUGUUCAUUCCUUUGUUGUCUACCUCUGAUUCUUGACGUAAUGUGUUCCUUAAGCUUCCACUUUUCCUUUUCCCUUCAGUAUUCCAAGUUAGAGCUUGCCUCGUUACGUAGUUUGGUGAUUUCCGCAAUGUAUGUCCUAUACACUUCCAGCGUCAUUUCUCAAUUUCCUCUUCAUCUGGAAGUUGGUUUGUUCACUCCCACAGUAGGUUGUUGCUAAUGAUAUCUGGUCAACGGAUUUGGGGUAUCUUGCGUAGACAACUGUUUAUAAUUACUUGUACUUUUAGAUUAUGGUUGUGGUAGUCCUCAUAGUUUCAGCUUCGUACAUUAGAAUUGUCAUGAUGUUCGUGUUGUCUUUUUUUACCUGUGAUAAGAAAUAUUUGGUAACUAAAACAAGUGUUUUGGUGAGUGAAAAAUUAAAGGUUUGUAAAAGCUCUGAAGUGGUUGCGCUUGUUAUGUUACUUCUGUAGUUAUUGAAGUUAGACCAUCAUGGAAAACCUGGAGGCGGUCGUUUCGUUCUAUUGUGGGACUCCUCAGUAGUACGCAUCCACGACCCCACCUCCAGGUUUUCCAUGGUGGUGUAGCUUCAAUUGACUCAUGAUGUCAACUAUUAAAAUUAGUACACUCACCACAAAACUCCUUCUGUAGUUGUCAAUUAUUAUGACGUAUUACUUUAAUAACUACUUUAUUUUGAUUAUCAGUAGCUUACUCAUAAAAUUAUUUCUCAAUUUCACAAGGUUCGUGAUGUAUGUGAUCAUGCUGUUUGGAGUCUUUCUUCAUGUAAACCAGGUCAUGGUAUCGACCAAUUGUUGAAUGAAUCUACUGAUACAUUUUGGCAAUCGGAUGGUCCACAACCACAUUGUGUUAAUAUACAAUUUCCCCGAAAAAUGGUUCUUUCAAAAUUAUGUUUAUACACUGAUUACAAAGUUGAUGAAAGUUAUACACCUAGUAGGUUGGCCAUACGAGUUGGGAAUACUAUACACGAUCUUAUCGAACUUUUAGAGGUGGAACUACAGGAACCUACUGGGUGGUCGGUGAUUCCACUAAAAUGGCCUGAUGGAUCUCCGUUACGAACCUUUCUUUUACAGAUUGCCAUUUCAGCUAACCAUCAGAAUGGUCGCGACACACAUCUGCGUGCCAUCCGACUUCAUAGUCCUGUGGAAUGUCGUGGCUUAGACACUUUAGCGCCUUUUGUGAGUCGCGAAGGUCGUGCUUUUAUGACUAUUCGUUAGUUUUUCUUGUUUCUCCUAUCUUUUACUUAUAAUUAAGUUAUAUUGUCAACUGCACUUCAAAUCAUUUGCAGUCAUAGGUUAUUAAAAAUACCUAGUGACUGGUUAAUUUUGUGGUUUCGGCUGUCAUAUUUGUGCACUUCACUGUAUUGGUUUACAGUAGAUGGUUUGUUGAAUAUUUUAUAUUUGGUGAAGAUUUAACCAUAUUGGCAAUAAUCUACGGUGGUUUAUAACUAUUUAACCAUUAUUGUCAAGUAAUUAAAAUUUUUCUCUUACCUUUCAUUUCUAAAAGUCCAAUCUUCUUAAUCCUCAUCCACCAGCACUUUCACGCCGGAAUUAUCUUAUGUGCGUAAAAUGGAGAGUACAUUAAUUUCAUCUACUAAGCUGGGUCUUUUAUUAGUUUGUGGGUUGAUCUUUCUUUGACGCAUUGUACAGUUUUCGGAAGUUUCUCUUUUUUGUUUUUUCCCUUAUUUAAGAAAACAAACUAAUUUCCAACACACCUUUCGAG